AGCUUCUUUCAUGGCCGCCGAGGCGCGUGGGGCCCGGGCCAGACCUCAGGGCCCCUCCCUGGGGACGCGGGGGGCGCCGGGCCGGCAGCCGCGGUCCAUCGCGUUCGGGGGCGACGCGGGGAUUGGGGCGCGGCCUCCCCCAGCGCCCGGGCCACGCCCGGCACGGAUUGCGGGCCCUGCGGAAGUGCGGGCCGCGCCCUAGGAUCCCGGCGCCUACGGCUAUCCUCGCGCGGCGCGGAGGCCCCAGCGCCUGGAGGAAGCAGGGCGGCCUGGACCCCGGCCUGGGUGUCCCGGGUGUGCUGCUCCCUGACCCACCUCCCACGCUGCCGGGAAGGAUCUGAGCCUGACAGACCCCCUGCCGGGUGUCCCGACCCAGGCUAAGCUUGAGCAUGGCUGAGCAGGAGCCCACAGCCGAGCAGCUGGCCCAGAUUGCAGCGGAGAACGAGGAGGAUGAGCACUCGGUCAACUACAAGCCCCCGGCCCAGAAGAGCAUCCAGGAGAUCCAGGAGCUGGACAAGGACGACGAGAGCCUGCGAAAGUACAAGGAGGCCCUGCUGGGCCGCGUGGCCGUUUCCGCAGACCCCAACGUCCCCAACGUCGUCGUGACUGGCCUGACCCUGGUGUGCAGCUCUGCCCCGGGCCCCCUGGAGCUGGACCUGACGGGCGACCUGGAGAGCUUCAAGAAGCAGUCGUUUGUGCUGAAAGAGGGUGUGGAGUACCGGAUAAAAAUCUCUUUCCGGGUUAACAGAGAGAUAGUGUCCGGCAUGAAGUACAUCCAGCAUACGUACAGGAAAGGCGUCAAGAUUGACAAGACUGACUACAUGGUAGGCAGCUAUGGGCCCCGGGCCGAGGAGUACGAGUUCCUGACCCCCGUGGAGGAGGCACCCAAGGGUAUGCUGGCCCGGGGCAGCUACAGCAUCAAGUCCCGCUUCACAGACGACGACAAGACCGACCACCUGUCCUGGGAGUGGAAUCUCACCAUCAAGAAGGACUGGAAGGACUGAGCCCAGCCAGAGGCGGGCAGGGCAGACUGACGGACGGACGACGGACAGGCGGAUGUGUCCCCCCCAGCCCCUCCCCUCCCCAUACCAAAGUGCUGACAGGCCCUCCGUGCCCCUCCCACCCUGGUCCGCCUCCCUAGCCUGGCUCAACCGAGUGCCUCCGACCCCCCUCCUCAGCCCUCCCCCACCCACAGGCCCAGCCUCCUCGGUCUCCUGUCUCGUUGCUGCUUCUGCCUGUGCUGUGGGGGAGAGAGGCCGCAGCCAGGCCUCUGCUGCCCUUUCUGUGCCCCCCAGGUUCUAUCUCCCCGUCACACCCGAGGCCUGGCUUCAGGAGGGAGCGGAGCAGCCAUUCUCCAGGCCCCGUGGUUGCCCCUGGACGUGUGCGUCUGCUGUUCCGGGGUGGAGCUGGGGUGUGGGAUGCACGGCCUCGUGGGGGCCGGGCCGUCCUCCAGCCCCGCUGCUCCCUGGCCAGCCCCCUUGUCGCUGUCAGUCCUGUCUAACCAUGAUGCCUUAACAUGUGGAGUGUACCGUGGGGCCUCACUAGCCUCUAACUCCCUGUGUCUGCAUGAGCAUGUGGCCUCCCCGUCCCUUCCCCGGUGGCGAACCCAGUGACCCAGGGACACGUGGGGUGUGCUGCUGCUGCUCCCCAGCUCACCAGUGCCUGGCCAGCCUGCCCCCUUCCCUGGACAGGGCUGUGGAGAUGGCUCCGGCGGCUUGGGGAAAGCCAAAUUGCCAAAACUCAAGUCACCUCAGUACCAUCCAGGAGGCUGGGUAUUGUCCUGCCUCUGCCUUUUCUGUCUCAGCGGGCAGUGCCCAGAGCCCACACCCCCCCCAAGAGCCCUCGAUGGACAGCCUCACCCACCCCACCUGGGCCCAGCCAGGAGCCCCGCCUGGCCAUCAGUAUUUAUUGCCUCCGUCCGUGCCGUCCCUGGGCCACUGGCCUGCCGCCUGUUCCCCCAGGCUCUCAGUGCCACCACCCCCGGCAGGCCUUCCCUGACCCAGCCAGGAACAAACAAGGGACCAAGUGCACACAUUGCUGAGAGCCAUCUCCUGUGCCUCCCCCGCCCCAUCCCCGGUCUUCGUGUUGUGUCUGCCAGGCUCAGGCAGAGGCGCCUGUCCCUGCUUUUCUGACCGGGAAAUAAAUGCCCCUGAAGGA